AACCACCUUGACGUUUCCAUCAUCAUCAUUAGUAAAUUAAUACCAUCAUGUCUCUUAAAAUAUCAGCAGCAAGCUGGCUCCUCGUCUCCCUGGGCCACACCAUCUCCGCCAAAGAAUGGCAAUCAACCCCCCAAUUCCAAAAACUCCCUACUCUUGCCUCGACAUGCAGCAGAGCAGGCUGGUACCAGGGUAGUGCAUUCUUCAUCAUGACGGCCCUCAUCAACUACAACUGGUCUCAGAAUCCGGCACUCCUGGAAGAGCCGGUAAACAAGGCCAUUGCGGGCUUGAUCACGGCUAUUGUCUGGGUUAGCUCAGGCUGGUAUUUUAAGAAUGGUGUCAAGGCGAAUGGGUUCGCGACGGCCCUGGCUGGUGCGAUCCAGGCGUGGGCUGUUUUGAAUUAGACGCAUUGCAUUGUAUUGUAUUGUUAUUGUCAACGUGAAGGGGUCGGGUUCUUCGGGAUGAAUACCCCUGCGAGUAUUAGAUAUGAAUUAUAAUUCAACGCUUG